UUCCCUGUCCCCUCCGUGUGUGCCACUGCAGCCUGCAUUCCUCUCCCAUUCCGUAAGCCCUUUCCUCUCGCGCUGACACAGCUAAUAUUUCCCUGCUGGCAGGGCAGGCGAGGUGGUGGCAUUUAACUGUUAGGGAGAACUUUGAUCUGUUCAUGCUGUAGAAUCCCAGAGCUGUAAGGGCUGGUGCACACCUGUGGUGGGGUUUAUGCUCUUCCAGGUGUUCCCCUUCCAUGCUUUGGCUCCCUUUCUUGACUUAGAUAAUUCUCUACUUCAUUCCACUGUUUGUCCUUGCAAGAAGCAAUACCUUGAGAAUUGUUUUCUGCAAGGGGCUGGAAAACCAAGUCAGAAUUCAUAAAACUUGCACCUACCUGACCCUUCUAACCUUAGUUUUUGAGCAUCUUCUUGCACAGUGACUGCAGUGCUCAGAAUAUCUCCUAUUUCUGACCAUGGAGAAAGCUCUCCUGGUAGCCCUGCUGCUAGCUGGAGCACUCUGCUCUGGGGGAGGUUUUAGUGGGUUUUUUGAAAAAUAAUUGAUCAGCUACCCAUCGAGAGCUAGUCCCAACCUGCAAUGCACUGAGGUUGUCCUUAUGUACCACUUAGUGCCACUUGGGACUGUUGGCUCUUUAAAGCUGCCUUUAGGACUACCAGUGUAAUGAAUGUGUGCUGGUGCUGGUGCAAGAUUUAUUUUUUUGCAGCGAUAGCAGUGUAACACUGAGUUAAAUGUGGUUUGUAUUCUAAAAGCAGAAAACUUUGUUGUCUUCUAAAGCAAAGGUUUAUAUGUUUUCUGUCAUCUGUGGUAGCGGGUGCUAAACUCUUGCUGCCUGACCCCUGCACAGUUACUGGAGGUAAUUAUAGAGCCUCUGUCAACGCAGCUCCUCCUGAAGCCUGUGCUUCAGCACCAGUGGAAGCCAGAUGUACUAUACUGUCGCUUUUUACAGUUUGUUUUGGCCAUACAUGGGCAGAGUCAGCUCUGGAAUUCCUUCCCUAUAAAUUCAAUAGCAUCUUGUGGGUGGUGCUGGGGAAUCACUCUGGUCUGGUUGGAUCGCCUCGCCUCGGCAGCCUGUUCCCCUUGAAAAUGUCGUGCUUUGCACAUUCCUGAGAGGCUGCCUGCUCCUGGAGCGAUGGCUGCGGAUACCAGGAGGCUGUUGUCCCAUGCUGGCAGGCGUAGUCAUUUCCCUGCUGCCUGCAGGUCAGCCGUUGCAGCUGAGGACUGAUGCUUAUGGGAGCAUUGGCAUGGGAAUAUUGCUCUGGUGUGCAUGCAGGCUCUGCAGGGACACAUGUUUUACAAAGCACCAGCUCGAUGAGCCAGAUCAGAGGAGGUUUCCCUGUGCCAGCUUGUUGUGGUCAGUUUUCAGUUCUCUCUUGCUCUUGGACCUUGUUCUAAAUUUGAUCUGCUCGAGAGGGAAGCGUGUUAAUGAAGGAGCUUGCCUGGAUGUUGAGUACUUUGUAACUGGGUGUGCCUGAAUGCAUCUGCCUUUGGAUGUGAGCGUCUUCUCUUGAAACAACCUCGUGAUACCCAGCUGCCUGCUCUCUUGGGAGGUCCCUUGGAAGAGCCUGUCCGUACGUCUGUCUGGGUACCUGAAGGGGCUGCCUUGCUUCCAGAUCUGAACCAUGUCCCACCCGUCCUGGCUGCCACCCAAGAGUACCAAUGAGCCUGUUGGUCAUGUUACUGCAAGGAUGGAGACCACGCACACCUUUGGGACUCCCAGCAUCUCAGUGUCCACCCAGCAGACUCCAAAGAAGUUUGCACCUGUCGUUGCCCCCAAACCAAAGUACAACCCGUACAAGCAACCGGGAGGUGAUGGGGACUUUCUUCCUCCCCCACCACCUCCUGUGGAUGACCUCGGGAAUAUCACAUCAUCACAAAGUGCCUUUCCUCCCCCACCCCCUCUGGAUGAUGUUACUUACAAUGUGCAGGUGAAUCCUGGUGGCAAGACGCUUGAAGAGAGGCGGUCUAGUCUAGAUGCAGAAAUUGACUCUCUGACCAGCAUCCUGGCCGACCUGGAGAGCAGCUCUCCGUACAAACCUCGGACUCAACAGGUCUCCGGGACCUCGAGCAGCUCUGCUGCCACCACCCCAUCCGUGUCCACCCCUGUUACUGGCCACAAGCGGAUGAUCAUCCCCAACCAGCCUCCGCUGACCGCCACCAAAAAGUCCACGGCCAAGGGCCCAGGGCAGCCGGCGCCCAUCCCGGUCACUCCCGUGGGCACCUUGAAGCCACAGCCGGUGCCAGCCUCCUACGCCACGGCCUCCACGCCCAGUCGCCCGGCCUUCAACAUCCAGGUGAGGACGGCACAACCCAGCCCGCACUACCAGCCGCCCGGCCCGCAGCCCGCGCACUAUGGCAGCCUGGGGCACGGCCAACCCUACGCGGCCCCGCCGUCCCGCCAGCCUGCUGCCCCGCAGUACGGAGCGCCUCAGCCCCACGGGCCCGACUACGGCUACGCUCCACCGCCCGCCCGGCCUGCAGAGCCCGCCUAUGGAUAUGCACCUCCGCAGGGCCGCUACCAGGACCCCUACUAUGGGGGGUACGGAGGAAGGAACGGCUCCGAAGCACCCUACGUGCCACAGAGCUCCUGGAAGGCUGAGCCAGCGUAUCCUGCUAGUAACGCCAUGGGCCAGGCUCCUCCUGGCCUCUACCAGCCACCAGGCACUAAGAAGACCUAUAUCACCGACCCAGUGCUGGCCCCACAGCCGCCCACCCUGCAGCAAAAGAGUGGAUAUCCAAGCUCUGGACCUGCAUCAAGCACUCCUGCCUUCAGGCCUGAGGAUGAGCUGGAACAUCUGACCAAGAAAAUGCUGUAUGACAUGGAGAAUCCUCCCUCUGAUGACUACUUUGGCCGCUGUGCCCGCUGUGGGGAGAAUGUUGUUGGAGAAGGCACCGGUUGCACGGCCAUGGACCAGGUCUUCCACGUGGAGUGUUUCACCUGCAUGAUGUGCAAAAGCAAGCUGAGGGGACAGCCUUUCUAUGCAGUGGAGAAGAAAGCCUACUGUGAACCCUGCUAUAUUAAUACAUUGGAGCAAUGCAGUGUCUGCGCAAAGCCCAUCAUGGAAAGGAUCCUCCGAGCCACUGGGAAGGCCUAUCAUCCCCACUGUUUCACCUGUGUGAUGUGCCAUCGCAGCCUGGAUGGGAUCCCCUUCACUGUGGAUGCUGGCGGGAACAUCCAUUGCAUCGAGGAUUUCCAUAAGAAAUUUGCUCCGAGAUGUUCUGUGUGCAAGGAGCCCAUCAUGCCGGCCCCAGGGCAAGAGGAGACUGUACGCAUUGUUGCCUUGGAUCGUGACUUCCAUGUCCAGUGCUACCGAUGUGAGGACUGUGGUGGCCUCCUGUCUGAAGGGGACAAUCAGGGCUGUUACCCUCUGGACGGGCAUAUCCUUUGCAAGACCUGCAACUCUGCUCGGAUCCAGGCUCUGACUGCCAAGGCCAGCACUGAUCUCUGAGUAUCAACUGUGACCCUCCCCAGGAUGCCCAUCGGGGGAUAUUGCACAAGCUUUGCAUGAUUUCUUUCCAGGCUAGGGUUUGAAGCUCUAUUUAAAAAAAAAAAAAAAAAAAAAAAAAAAAAAAAGUAAAACUGGAAGGCCUUGGAACAAGAGGGCAGUUUGAGAGGCCAUGUUCAGACUGCCCAUGACAAGCAUCUAAUUUAGGCACAACUGUUCAAGAGGGCAGUGAGUCAGAGGAGCAGCUGCUGUAUCUGCAGCUGAUGGAGUUAAGUGGUCACAGCAGCUAAGUUACCUGCCUGUAGAAGGAGGUCUGAACAUGGUCCUGCCUAUGUUUGUGUUUGAUUCCUGUCUCUUAAGAAGUACAUGAAGGUAGAAGGUGAAAGAUGGCUGAGCUAGUUAUUUCUCCCAAGUUAUUUUGAGAACCUGGCCAGCUCUCCUUGAAGUCAUGGGGAGGUUCCCUUUGACUUUAAUAGGAUCUGUGUCACCAGCAGAAGUAGCUCCACUGCCCUAGAAGGUGUGAGAGCAGACCCAGCAUUAACACAAACAGUGCAACUGCAACUGUACUGCACCUGAGUGUAGGUGUGACCUUGUAUCCUUGGGACACAGACUUGUUAUUUCUUAGGCCCUUACUUGUCUCCAUUUCCUUCCAGUUCAAUAGGGUUUUUUCUUUUACUCAUGAAAUUUUACUUUGCUAUUGCAUAAAUUUAUUCAGUAGUGAUGUUUCCAAUUCACAGUGUAUGAGCAAUCACAGAAAGAUGUGAGCUUGCACACACUAUACACUACACACACACACACACACACACACACACACACACACACACACACACAACAUGCUUUUGAUUUACCAGAGGCAUAAGCCAGUCAUGGCACUGGAAAUACAUUUCUAAAAUCCCAGUGGUUAAAAAAACCCAAAAAUUACUGCGCAGAACUGCAGUGCAAAGCGAUGCUCAAAAAAAUCUUACACCACUCUCUCAUACACCCCUUCUAGUGGGACCACUGGCAGUGUUGGUCUCUGGGUAGGCAUUUAAGCAAUAGAAUCUUGUUCCACCUCCUGUUAUUGCAAUGAGAGGAUUUUCCUUCAACCAUAACAGGGAUUGAAUCAAGCCUUGGGAUGAUAUUCAUUUCUCUGAUGUUAACACACAUGAUCUGGAGUUCUCAUUAAAAAAAUCAAGGAUCUUGUUUCAACAGCAGCAAAAAAGAGCCUCCUAAAUACAUGCUGUUGUUCAGUUUUUAUUUUAAGAAAGCUAAAGAAGGUAUUAAACCCUUCACUAUGCCAUUCUAGAAAGUAAGCAUCUUUUUUCCUCUUCUGUUUUCAUUCCAGCCACUUACAGCUUGUCUCUGGUGAAAUUCAUGGCAGUAGAGUGCUAGGCCAGCAGCAGCAUUUUCAUUUUUGGUCCAGAAUUAGUACAUAUGCCAAGGUAAAUAAAAACGGGACACAGAUAAUCUUUUUUUGAUGUAAUAGUGUUUUGUUUUUUGUUUUUUUGUUUUUUUUUUUUUAGUUUGGUUAAUUAAAAAAAAAAAAAAAUUAGAAAUCCACAGCACACUGAGCAGCUAUAAUAUUCUUGUUCAUGAAACCCAUAAUAACGAAGGUGCAAAUUACAUAGUGAGGGAGUAAUUUUCAUAUCACUGAAUUGACAUUAAUAUCUUAUUUGCAGAUGUAAUCAAAGAAAAUACCUUUCUUUGCACUUAAAUUAAGAAGCAGAACUGAAACAGUUUCAGGCUGAUUGACCAUAUAAGUGACAAACUGGCACUUUUCAAGAGUAAAUUAUAAGAAUUUUUUUCAUGCUCCCACUGAAAAACAAAAAAUGUGAUGCUUUCACCUUUAUAUGAGAUUUCUGUUGUAGAGAAUGAUUAUAUCCACUAAUGCUGAAAAGUUAGAUGAGCUGGAACGAUAGGAAACAAAGAGGAAAAAUUGUGAUGUGAUACUGCAACUCCUGCAAAUGGUGCCUUUCCUUUCAGUUGAGGACUAACCUUUAUGGAAGAGUGCUGAAAUUCAAUAGCUUCAGCUAUGUACAGUAAAUUCAACUACAGAAAUACCAGUCUGAAACCUCUGUUACUUACAUGGUUUAUAUGUUGGCAGACUCCACCAGUGUCAGGGAAGUUUCCCAAAAUUCACAGCUUAAAAUGAAUCCUUCUUUGUAGAAGGGUGGCAUCAUUGAGCAAAAGAAGUCCUUCACCAGCACAGGGGCUGUGCUGAAGCAGUUUGCCUUUUUAUACUGGAUUUCUACCCUGGCAUUCAAAAAUUUUACUGCCUCAGACAUAAACAGAUUUUUUUGGCACCCUGGGUCAUGCCAGGUUCCACCUGGGCUGCUGCUCCCUGAACUGUGGCAUGUAAGAUCCUUCUGAGCUCGCUUUUUUACACAGUCUGCACCACCACCCAUCAAAAAAAGCUCGCAAAUAUUGAGGAAAUAUAGUUUGAACUAACCCUACUAAAACACAGGAGGUCAGUCCUGGGACUGAUAACACUGUUGUAUCCUUGUGGAGGAUUUUGCAUCUCUACAAGCACAAGUCAUGAUGUGAUACACUCAGAUGCAGAAUAAGCCAUUCGGGAGGCAGCAAACCUAGCUCUGAUCUUCCUUACCCUUCCUAGCGUUAAAUCAAGUCGCUGAUGAGACUCUUCUGAAUAACACUGGGGUAAUUGAUGGAAAGAAGCUGUUGUGCCUUCCAGCAGAAUGUGGCUUAGACCAAGGAUGACUCAAGUCCAGAGCCUUUGGGCUUUUUAUGUCUCUGCCAUAGGCUGGACUGGAGCAAGUCAUAUGGCUUCUUGUCUUCCACCGUCUGCAUGAGAGAGCUUCUUUCCAAUUUCCCAGACACAUUUUGGGAAUUAAACUAGUCACAGAUUGGUCUAAACUGCUGAUUUUUGGAGUUCUAUUUUCUCUUUCCAGAAAAGCUUACUGGUAUGUAGGUUUGGGCUUCCAGCCCAUUUCAAAGCACAGGGCCAGCCAGGAGAUCUAGAUCUAGAUCUCUGUUAUUAGGGUGCUGUUGUGAGUUGGGCUGGCAUGCAGGGAGGUAAGAGCCAAACUUUUCAAGCAUUAAGUACUCCAUGGAUGAAAUAUGAUUGACAAAGAUUGAGCAGUGUUGAUAUUUGAGGCACUGUGGCAAGUUUUUAGAGCUGACACAUCUGUGAAAAGGUACUAUGAUGGGGGUGUUUUUUCACCCCAAAACACCAAAGCCAUCUGCCUAUUGGAAGGAGUGAGUGUUCGAAACACUCUUCUUUAUCUUCUGUGGUUUUGCCUUUUAAAAUUGCUAUAAAUCUAUUUGAAAAAUAUUAUAUGUACAUCACAGAGGCUCUCAUCACCCACAUGGGUAUGGAAAUCUCCCCUCUGAUGCUUCAGGAUUUAAUUAGGAAAUUCUGGUGGACGUAUCUCAAUUGCACUGCAAUUAAGAACCACUGGGAUAUUGCUUCAUCACCAUAUUUAUCACUUACUUUUAAUAUAUCCUGUUUAUCUGUUCCAAAGAAGGAGUCUUUUUGCCAAAGAGCCCUUGCUUUUCUUAAGGUGGACUUAGCCAUGACAAAAAUUCACAUCUUCUGUGGCUGUGGUAAUGUCCAAACUGUUCCUUUCAGAAAGAAUUGGAAGAUCACACAGACAUUUCUGUUCUAUUCUUCAGUUUCUGCUUUUGCUCCUUUGUCCUUGUCUAGCAUUUGUUGGCAAGUAAGGCCUGAUCCCAUCAUUUGUGUGGCCACACAGGCCUCAGGAUCAGGUUCUAAUUUAGCAAAAUAUUUAAGUCCUGGCGUUAGUUUAAGCACAGACUUAAAGCCAUUGCGUGGUGUGACGUAAGCCACUAACACUAGACUGAUUCUGCAUCACCUGAUCAUACAGAUUUGAUCUGGCUAGGAUGUGGGCACAGUCAAAUUUCUGUCAAAUUACCUAGAACACAUGAAAUAGCUUCUGUGUCACCCUUAUGCUCUCACUGCAGGAGAGCCACCUGGCUGGUGGCUGAUUGAAUGUAACAUUUGAAUGACAGGAGGGUGAGGUAUUGCAAGAUGAGUGCUUUGUGUUGGGUGGCUGUGGCACCUUCCAUAUGGCACAAGUAGCCCUACAGCCAGGUUUACUGUAUCUUUGAGGGAUGGCUUUAAAACUGUCUACUUAAACUUUCUCCAGAAGAUUGGGUUGCCUUGGUUACAGCCCAAUCCUUAAGCAUAUCCCCAAGGCUAAGGCUCCUAUUUUGUGAAUGUGGUUUGUUUUAUUGUCAUUUUAAUCACUGAACGUUGCUUUUAAGAACAGAAAACAACAACAUUUUUUUAGUGUAUCUGAUAAUGCACCUUUAAUUUGGGGGUUUGAUUUUUGUUUUUUUUUAAUAUUUUAAUUCUGAGAUUUUUAUCAUGGCUGCAAAACACUCGGGUAAUGAUUUAAUCAUAGAGGUAUGGGAGUACCAAAGUGUUCAUCACAGUGAACUCUACAUAAUAGCAUUCAUCCUGAUGGCAGGAGUAAGGCUUUCCCAAGACACAGGCCUUAAGUUGACUUUCUGCUUAUCAGCAAAAUGUGCCUGAAAAGAAAGAGAAAAAAAAGUGUCUUAAAAGAAAUGGUGGUUGUUAAAGAGAAUAUGCAACAAGUCACUCUGAAGUCUCUUUGGACCUGUUACAGCUGCUGACUGGCCAUGGUUAGUGAAGCAUGACUUGGGUUUGAUAAAUGCUGUUUUCUUUUGAUUUGAGAAAGUCUGGCAGGCAAGGGAUAACAGGACCCAGGAGAAGGUUCUUGGGGGAAAUUCUGUGUCUUUGCCCUCCAUCAGCAUUGGAUAUAAAUGUUAGACACCUGGUGCUUCAGCUGAAUGGCUCAGAAAGGGUUUGAGUUUGUAAUUGGUUUCUGUUGAUAUCUGGUUCCUACAGUUGGUUCAUCAUGUUGAUUUGCAAUUUGUUCACUAAGCUGGGUUGACAACACCUCAUACAGAUUUCAGUGCUGCAAGUCAUGGCUAUCAGGGGGAGGGGGGAGAGGGGGGAGGGCUGCUGAAGAAUCUCACUGUGGUGAAAUUCCCAUGAGUAAACACUAGUGGUGGUACCUGAGUGUUUGUUGUGGAAGGAGAGCAGGAACUACUCAGUAACAUAGAAGUUAAUAAAGUACAAACAAAGAGAGCUGUGAGAACACUAUUUCCAGUUGGAGCUGGUUGCAAUUUUUACACUAAAUUACAUGAUAUCAGAAAGACUGUUUUUAGUGAGAAAUUCUCUCUUUUUGCAAUGUUACCCACAACAUUUUUUGGGUUUUUUUUUUUUGCUCUUAUGAUUAAAAUCAUACUGAAUUUUUAUCUAAGUAAAUUUCAGAAUCGUUAACAAAUAUUUUCAUUUCUCAAAUCUAUAUGUCUUCUUUCAGUUUUUUUGAGUAGUUCUUGGGUUUCUUCUGCUGGUAAUUUAAAGUUUCUGUGACAGUUUUGAAAACUUCUUUGGAUAAAAAUUCUGCUUAAAAACAAGCACGUGUUCUUGGGAAAUGAUUCAAUAUUGGACCUAGUGAAAUAAAAAAAAAAGCUUUGAAUCUUCUCACGAGAUAUUUUUUCCCUAUUUUUAACUAGUUUUGCUAAUUUUGAAGUCACUAUUUCCUUUGUUAGAACAAAUAAUGUGACUCUUCUUAAAAUAACAGUUUUAUUUCUGUGGGGUUCAUUUUUCUUUCCCAUCUUCAAGCUGUGGAGUGGCUGGCUAUGGGGACUGCCAGUGUCUUUUUCUGUGGCAAUUGCAGUUUUCUUCUUUGUUUUUAUCUUGGGGUUUUUUGUUUGGGUUUUUUUUUUCCCCUGAAAUUACUGAAGAAUAUAAGCACAUUAUGGCAACUGCCAUGGAGAUCAAGAGAUACUGAUUGAACUUCAUCUCCACAUAGCUUUCUGGGCUCAGGAAUGGCAUUUCUCCUUAGACAUUUCUAGAAAUAUUACCUGGCUUCCUCAGCAUUUCAAGUUUGAGUUUGCAACAGUCGAUUGUCCGACUGGCAUUUGGAGCCUGAAAGAAAAUAGACUUUACACCUGUGAAAUUACACCAUUCAUCCAGCAUCUAAAAAUCUAAGAGAAAAAAGAUAACCUUGGUAGGUUUCCUGGUGGACAUUGGGGAACAGCUUUUACUUCAGCCUGAAAAUUUUCUGCUGAGAUCUGAAAAAACUAAGCUCCACACUCUCUGGCAUAUGCACAUGCACAUAAAGUGGUUGUGGGGCUAUAACUGAGUAGAGAUACAGGCUGCAAUAUUGAGUAGUGCUACUUACACCUCACUGGGCCUUACUCCUGACUACGUGUCCCCGGUCUCUUGGGCCUCAUGGUACAUGUGGAAGCAACAGGGUUGAUCAUGGGUAGCAAGAGCAUUCAGUUCAAACAUUUUUAUUUUUUUUAAAUUUUGUUAUUUGUCCACUUUUCUCAACCUACCAGGAUAUUUUAGAGACUGAGGAAAGAAACAGAAACUCCAGGUUUUUUGUAAUUAUCAUUGCAUUACUAGGGGUUAGAGACCCUCCCUGAGAACAUCACACUUGGGGUGUCUGUGCUUUCCUGCCUCUGCCUCCCUUUGUCCACAAGCCACUCUCUUACCCGCUUUUUCCAUUUCCUCAACGUGCACUCAUCUUUUCAGUGAAGAUGGUUUGUUACUUGCUUCACCGAGGUAUUGUGAGUCUUAGUUAGUAGUUGGAAAAACUUUUUCGGAUCUUUAAUCAAGUAGUUUUGUGUGUCCUUAGUAUCAGUGGCCUGCCAUAUGGAUAUCAAAGAAAAUUGUUAUAAUUAUUGCUUUUAAAAUUAUUAUGAAAUUGUGCCUUACUUUUUCAGUCAUAUUUAACCAUGUAAUUUAGAACCACAUGAUUGCAGGGAUUUACCAUGAAGAAAUAUGUUUGAAGGAUAGUUUGUUUUUUAAUAUUUUUUUUUGUCCAUAAAUGAAUUUAUUAGCUUUUCCUUUUUUAUUUUUUCCUCCAGUUUUAUUCCUUUAACAUGUUUGUGUAAAAGGGCAGCCUGAAUUUGCAUUUGUGAGAGACAGAAGAUUUUAUUUGGUCUCGUAUGUAGAGCUUUCAUUUUCUUUUAUGUUCCUUCAGGAAAAUUCCUCUCUGCCCAAUUACUCAUGCUGAGAUGUCUUUAAAUGCAGGCUGACCAGUAAGGGUUUUUUGUUGUUGUUUAAUUUAGUGUGUGGUUUGCUUUGUGGUUGUGGUUUUUCUUUUAAUUAACCAGAUAUUGAGUGCUGGGGAGGCAUUGCACAUUAAUGCAGAACGUUAAUGCUAAUUUUCAUAGAAAAGACAAAAUUAGAGUCUUUCCCUGUCUCCAGUGCAGUUUUGUUACUGCUCUGUGUACAACACUAAUAUUAAGCCAGACUGUAAAGGCUAAAUACUCAGAGUGACCUACUUCCAUUCACCAGCAAGAAUCCUUUGUCAGCUGACUCCUGUUUGUUUGUUCAUUUUUAAAUGUCGGAUUACAGAACGAGCAUCUCCUGAAGAUGAAAGAAAACAGUGUUUUCAUGUGCAGGAAAUUUGGGGUUGCAGUAACAGAACAUUUUCUUUGUGAAUUUGGAUGUCAUGGUGUUUUAAGCUCCUGCCUGGAGCCUAAAUCAAUUUGGCCUCUCAUCCAGUUCAUCUAACUGGUGCUCCUAAAAGGCUGCAGCCCUGCAAAAGCUCAUGCAGCAUUUUUGGCUGCUUUCCCUUGCUCCCAUUUGGUACAUAUUUGCACAAUUUAACUGAGCUUUUCUUUCUGCUGAAGGUCAGAUGCAAGCGAUACGAAACACUAAACUUUAUAAACAAGCAAAGCCAUUUCAACCACAGCAUUUUGGACUAGAAUGGAUUUUUAGGUGGUGCUCUGUCUGCUGGCCUUUGGAGGGGGGAUCCUGAAACUACAGUGGACUGGAACAGGAUGCAAAGCCACAAGCCUUGUUUUUUUUAAUAAACUACUUACUGUAAUCCAGCUACACAGUUUCAGCCUCACACUUCAGAAGAAGCUUCCAGUAGCUAUGCACGUACAGGCACUUUCUCUCUUACAGAAAGUGAAACUUUCCCAACCAGAGUAAAUUUAACCUAUUGCAUAAGAUGCUGGAAGGUUUUUUUUUUCCUUGGGAUUCUCACUGUAACCUCUGUGUGUAAAGGAUGAAUAGCUUUCUUUUUCCCUCUUUUUUUUUUUUUUUUCUGACAAGAUUAGAUGUUGCAUAUUGAUGAGCUAGCAUUUCAAAGGUCCGUGGGGCUUUGGAACGUAUUAAGAAUCUCUGAAGUUUAAUAUUCACCAUGUUUUAAAUAUUCAGAAGGAAAAAUCUGCAUAAAAUGGCUUUUGAUAAAUACGUUCUAGGGAUUCUUUCUAUCUUACACAAGCGUUGUGGGGAUUGUGGCUGUACCAGUUUUGUUCCACAGUGUCUUUUGUUUCAGUGUUUCAGGACCAUUUUGGUCCCAUUUGUGUGCCCAGUGCCUGUACUGAAGUCUGUUAUGGUUUCUACUGGAACUGUACAGCAGGCAGGUGGAUAUGACUAAGAAAAGCCUCAGCUGAGCAUCAGAACUCCGAGGAUCUGCUUGGUGCCUCCCCUCCUUACAGUGCCUGGGCACAUCCAGCCUGUUUCUGUGCCUGCUUCUCAUGAUGUGGAUUGGGAUCAGUCCAUUGGUCAGGCCUAGCUGAGAUCUUUCUACAGAGUUCCUCCACAGGAGUUGGGAUUUGAGAAUGGAAAGGGCAAGAUCCUGGAUGCAGGACUAAAGCAAGGUAUCAUUUGAUGCAACUCUGAUCUCACAGGGCAGUUUCCCUUCCUUGCAUGUCUGUUUAGUGAGAGUCUCAGCAGUAAAAAAAGUGCCUUUAGGAGAAAUCCUCCCUUGGGUAUGCUCCACUUUCCAUGCUCUUGAAAAUCUGAUUCAGGCUUUAGAUGAGGAGGAUCAGUUGCAAAGACACAGCUACUGUACAGUAUCAUUAGUGCAUUGCCUUACCCUUGAUGUCCCAUGGCACAUCCCAUGGUGUUGCAGGACAGUUGCUUUGGUCCUGCUCACAUACAGCCUUGACUUUGUCAUUCCAGUCCCUGUUGAAUCAACGCCUGGUACUUGUUCUCAGGACCGCUCUGGCUCGGGCCAAGGGCAUCUCGUGCCUCUAUGCAAAAGAUGGUGCUUUCAGGUUUUAGCUUACAAAUAAUGCAAUCCUUUCAAACUCACCUUUCCCCUCUCGUGUAUUCUUGACAGAAGUAGGAUUUUAAAUAUUUCAUAGCAUUAUUCUUUCUUCUUCCUUUUUGCCAGAUGCCUUGAAAACAUUGUCAGAUUACGAUCUGGGGGGGGGAUCAGGAAGGAUCGGUUUCCUUUCCUUCUUGAUUGCAUGGUGUAGGUUUGCAAUGAGGGUUUUGUCCUUUUUUCUUUUUUUUUUUUUUUAGUCUUA